AUGGCAUUCAAUCAUCCCCCGGGACUUACGCCGCCCGAGAUUGCUUUCAUCUGCGAGAUGGAGCUCGUCACAAUCAUUCCUCGCCAAAGACUCGAUCGCCUUGAUCUCCUUGGGGGCCCAGUCAAUCCUCUCAUCCCACCCCAGAGAUCAUUAUUACCCCUAUGGCUCGCAUUGUUGUUGAAACGGCAGCGGCGCGCCAAUAUCGUCCCUCCACCCUGGCUGCAUCCUGUGUCACUACAAGAAAUACUGGAGCUCGAAACCACACACUUCCCGGACUCCUUUUCCCCGGGACCUGCACUAUCGGUGCCGAAUACCUUACAGUCUCACAUUAGGCCGUUUCACACCUCAGCACCUUUCCUUCCCUCUUGCACAGCCGACGCUUCAGCUGAAGCACUACCGUACCACUGGUUAGAGUUUGCACAGAUGCUGCUUGACUCGGCCGCGGAUGAUCUGGUUGAGCCGGACAGGGUCAGGCAGCUAAUGCGAGACCUCAGGGAAGUGAGAGCCGCAAAGAUGCGCAAGGGGGUCGAAGUGCUGACUGGCGAAGGAGAUGGCGUGCGACUAGAUGGCGUUGGGGCAAUGGAGAUCGGUGAAGGAAGAGGCUUCAUAUCUGGCGUGGUGGAUGGACUGAGGAAACUUGGGGCGUCCAGAGAGCAAGCUCGGAAGGACAGAGAGGAGGAAGAGAGGGAGAACGGAUAUAGAGGUGGUGGCGAUGAAGAUGAUAUGCAAGAUUAA